AUGCGAGUACUGCUAGUGUGUGUAGCGGUGGCGCUACUGAGUAGCCCGGUCGAGCUGCGCCCGCGUCGCCGCCGACCCACCGUGGCAGAUGCCUUCAACGACGCGGAAAUUCCUAAAAUCUUGAACAUCACUGCACCCAAAACAAUGCUUGACGUAUGCUAUGAAAACGCAGCCAUCAACCUGGGAAACCAAGUAAAUGCUGGAGACACCAUCGGAGAACUUGAAAUUAACUUCCCCGGUGAACCUGGCUGUCUAUACACCUUAAUCGUACUUAGCACCGCAUCCGCCAGCUCACGUAGUCUGGACCUCUCGACGGGCUGCGAGGUCGUCGACCUUCUCCCCGCCAGCCCCAUCCCUGGCACCGGACCCCACACAUACAUUUUCCUCUUGUUCCAACAGCCAGAUGAAAUCGAUACCUUAGCAGACGAUAUUGUGGCAUUGAACACAGACCGCAUGGCCUUCAAUAUUGCUGAUUUUGUUGAUAACUACUGCCUCCAGUGUCCCGUCGCUGGCAACUUCUUCGUUACGGAGUUCCAAGAUCAAGAUGAUGAUUGA